UAUCCAAAGAAAAAUUGUGUGAAGAAAACACCCAAGUCAUGAUAUCAUGAUUUCACAACAAUUGUCCUCUUUUCAAGCCUUUUAUUUACAAUUUUUAAUAAAAUCUAUUUUGACUUUCCCAUUCUUGAUCUACAGUUGUCAUGGUGGCUUAAAAUGAAAGAGAAGAAAUAAAAACAAUUAAUAACCUCUUGGCAUAAACUUGUAUCUGUAUAGAUAAUAUAUAUGGUCAUCAUGUAUCGUGAUUAGUUGAGCUGUGAAACGUCAACAACCUACUCCAGUCUCCAGCAGAAGGAAAGAGUUGAGGAGAAGAGGUGGUACUCCGAAGAGCGAAGAUGGGUUCUCAGGUCUCUAAACAGAUGGAACGAAGAAACCAAAUCCACACUCAAAAGAAAACCCUGUGGGAUCUGAAAACCUCCGGAGAAGACUACCCAGGCUCCGAAUACCGCCCCCAAGACAGGAAAAACUGGAUGGCGGGUCUGAACCCGGAGAAACUCCGCAUCAACCAGAUCGUGUGGCCAGGAACCCACGACUCCGCCACCAACAAAAUCGGCAUCCCUCUCGUGACUCGCCCUUUCGCUCAGUGCCAAUCUCUCUCCAUUUACCGCCAGCUGGCACUCGGCACCCGCCUCCUCGAUAUCCGCAUCCAAGAAAACCGCCGCGUCUGCCACGGCAUCCUCGCCACUUACAGCGUCGACGUCGUACUCAACGACGUCAAGAAGUUCCUGUCGGAGACACAGUCCGAGGUCAUAAUCCUCGAGAUUAGAACCGAGUUUGGCCACGAGGACCCGCCGGAAUUCGACAAGUACUUGGAGGAGCAGUUGGGAGAGUUUUUAAUUCCGCAGGACGACCACGUUUUCGGUAAGACCGUUGCGGAGGUUUUGCCCAAGAGGCUUAUCUGCGUGUGGAAGCCCAGAAAAGCGGCCCAGCCCAAAGCUGGAAGCGGGCUUUGGAGCGCGGGCUUUCUGAAGGACAACUGGAUCAACACGGAUCUGCCUUCCACCAAGUUCGACGGCAAUCUGAAGCACUUGAGCGAGCAGGCUCCUGUUACGUCGCGCAAAUACUUCUACAGGAUCGAGAACACCGUUACGCCCGUCGCGGAUAACCCCGUUCUCUGUGUCAAACCCGUUACUCGGCGCAUUCAUGGCUACGCUAGGCUCUUCAUCGCUCAGUGCUUCGCUAAGGGCUUCGCCGAUAGGCUCCAGGCCUUCUCCACGGAUUUUAUAGACGAGGAUUUCGUUGACGCUUGCGUUGGCCUCACUCAUGCAAGGGUUGAAGGGAAAGCCUGAACCUCGUCAUCUGCUUCCUCUGUGUAUUGUUCUCUUUUUCUCUACUUCUCAUGUUUUGAUGGUGUUUGUGUCAGCAAUUCUGCUCUUGUAUUUUUUAUUUGUUCCUAUGUAAACAAACGUGUAUAGAUUUGAUUGUAACUCGUGUCAAAAUAGAUGUUGUACUUUUAGAAUUGUUGUCAGAGAA